AUGUCACUUCUUAGAGUAUGUGCCUUCGCCAAAUGUCUGAUUAGUCGCAGCUUAUUUGAAAAGUGUGCUGUUCGCGUGUCUUUUGCGGACUGCUGUCAGCUUUGUGGGUCGUUAAGAAACGGUGCAGUCAGACGAAUAUCAGGGACACCUCUCCAGCUUCAAAGAAGAAAUGUUUCAUUUGUAAUCCCAAAGACAGAAGAUGCAAAGAAACGUGUACUGGAACAGUCUCAGCUGUUAGACGUGCUUGAGGCCAGGAUCCAGCAACUCCAAACUGACAUCGUUCUAGACGUCCAACAUGCUAAGGUGCAAUUUGUUAAAGCCCCCUCUUCUGGAAGAGGGGUUUCAUCUGGUAGGGGUCCCAAAAGCACCUCUCAGGAGAAAACUGACAUUCCUAAAUCAGGACAGACUGUUGCUAAAGGACCCUCUAAAUCUCAGCCCAGCCGCUGGAUGGAAAAAUUAACUCAGGAGAGAAAAAACAAAAUUAAGAGGCAGCAGCAUCUCCAACAGAAAAUUCAGAAAAAUGUCAAGGAGAAACCAAUAGCCAAAUCUAAAGGUAGCAAAAGCAGCUCCCAGAUGCUCCCAGGCACAGCACAUAAAACUAUAUCUACCACAGCUAAAAAGAAUAUGCCUUUGAUUAAGAAGAGCAAAGGAUGCAUGAAAUUAUCUGAUGAAAUCCGUGCUGCAGUUUCUUCAGUAGCUACUUCCACUGGUGCUACUGCUGCAGCAGCCGUACCACAUAAAGUCUCUAAAGGGAAGUGGAAGGACUCUAGAAAUCAGCCUCUCAGCGAGGAGGGCCAAAAGCAGACUGUUAGAGAUGCUCAAGGCAGGGCUAUGGAGCUGGCUGAGAUGGAAGAGCUGGAGAGGAGGCUCAGUCAGCAGGUGAACCAGUGGACCUCUUCUAGUAACCCGGAACGCCUGCAGGCGGGCAGUGAAGGAACUGCGUGUGGGGACAUCCAGCUGAGCAUCCGCUCCUACCUGCAGGCGUGUGUGUUUGCAGGGGACAUUGACAGGGCACACUGUUUUCUACUCAGCCAGCACAGAGUAAUGAGUCGACGUAAACAUCUGAACACAGGUGUCUAUAACAUCAUGAUGAGGGUGUGGGCCAAGAAGGGCACACUAAAUCAGAUUGGCCGCAUGUUUAUUCUGUUAGAAGAGGCUGGUCUGAAGCCAAAUCUGGGAUCCUACUGUGCUGCUCUGGAGUGUAUGGGCCGCAAUCCCAGCUGUUCCCCAAAAGUCAUCACUAGGUGCCUGAGUCAGAUGGAGGAGGAUGGUCUGUCUGUGGACGAUCUGUUCAGCCAGUGUUUGUUCCAACAAGAUGAGAGAGACAUGGUGCUGAAAGCCAUACGCAUCAUCCAGCCUGACUACAAGCCCUGCCUCAACCCGACCACAGACCAGUCUUAUUCAUCGCUGGUUCAGGAAUUCUACACACAGAGGGCAGACCACCACUACCCCAAACUGGACUUCACUCAGGAGGAGCUCCAGGAGCGUUUCAAAUGUCAGCUCAGCGUGGAGCAGGCCUGCACUGUCACCAUUGACUCUGUGGAGGCUGCCAAGCCCGUCACUGAAAACAUGGCCAAAAUGAGGGAGCUGCUGGCGGAGCAGCGGGCUCAAUGGCAGAAGAUCCUCCUCCAGGCCCUAAGGGAGAGCAAGAUGAUCCUGGCAAGCACCAACACCAAGGACUACAGGCUUAACCUUUAUCCCUACCUCUUUCUGCUUGAGGAUAGGGAGUAUGUUGACAUCAUGCUACAGAGUGUUGCCAACCUGCCUCCCAGUGGAGAGUCACUGAAGAUUUUAGCCGGAGAUCUGGGCAACAGGGUCUAUACCAAGUACUCUGUGCGACAGAAACACCAGAAUCAGACGGUGGAAAAGUUGGGCAACAUCUACAACACUUACGCAGACCUGCUGGCCAAAGAUACCAAGUCGUAUGACGUCCUUCCCAGGGAGCAGUGGUCUAAGCUGGAGAUGGAGCAGAGUUCAGGGCCCGUGCUGAAGGGGGGAGAGACAAGCUGGCCAUACAUAGUAACUCUGGAGCUGGGCACUUACUUGGUGGAUAUGAUGGUGAAGAACCUCAAAAUUAAUAGCGACAUCCUGAACCCAGCCUACGACAGGAAGCUCAUCCCCAUCCUUUACCACAUGUACACCUUCCGUAGCACCCGACAGAUUGGCUUCAUCAAGCCCCACCCCAUCCUGACUCAGAUGCAGCAGGAAGCCAUGGAGACCAAGCUGACCUUUGACUCCUACGUGAUGCCGAUGCUGUGCCCUCCUGUGCCCUGGACCUCUGUGAAGUUUGGAGCCUACCUGCUGACACCGACCAAGCUGAUGCGCACAGUGGACGGGGCCACCCAACAUGAGGUGUUGUUGGAGAAAUGCGAGAACCUCCAUGCAGUCCUGGACUCUCUCAACCAGCUUGGCAACUGUGCGUGGAGGAUCAACAAACCACUGCUGGAUAUAAUUAUCUCCAUCUUCAAUGAUCGGGGUAGUGAUAAGCUAGACAUCCCUCCUCCCCUGUCAGAGGCCCCCAAAAUACCCCACUUCAACCCCCAAGAUCCCACAUAUACCGCUUCUGAGAAGGCCCACAUGAAAAGAGAGGUGAUUAAUGCCAAAAAGAAAUGCAGUGAGAUGCACAGCCUGCGUAUGGAUGCUCUCUACAAACUCUCCAUCGCCAACCACAUGCGGGAUGAGAUUUUCUGGUUUCCUCACAACAUGGACUUCAGGGGACGUACCUACCCCUGCCCUCCAUACUUUAAUCACCUAGGAAGCGAUGUGACUCGCGCCGUCCUUGUGUUUGCGGACGGGAAGCCCCUCGGUCCCAAGGGCCUGGACUGGCUAAAGAUCCACUUAGUCAAUCUGACAGGGUUAAAGAAGAGGAGCUCACUACAGGGACGGCUUGAGUACGCCAACACUAUCAUGGAGGACAUACUGGACUCUGCCGACAACCCUCUAAAUGGUAAGAAGUGGUGGAUGAAUGCAGAUGAGCCUUGGCAGGCUCUGGCCUGCUGCAUUGAGAUAGCCAACGCUGUGAGAUCUCCUGAUCCGACACAGUUCAUCUCUCAUUUUCCUGUUCAUCAGGACGGCUCCUGUAAUGGUCUCCAGCAUUAUGCCGCUCUGGGCAGAGAUGUUAUUGGUGCCACAUCAGUCAACCUCAUGCCCUGUGACGUGCCCCAGGAUGUGUACAGCGGAGUAGCACAGCAGGUGGAAGAGUUUCGAGCACGGGAUGCAGAGCACGGUCUGAAGAUCGCCCAGGUCCUGGAGGGCUUCAUCAGCAGGAAGGUGGUCAAACAGACAGUGAUGACUGUGGUGUACGGGGUCACGCGCUAUGGGGGACGCCUCCAGAUAGAGAAAAGACUCAAAGAGAUUGAUGAGUUCCCCAAGGAGUAUGUAUGGGAUGCAUCCCACUACCUGGUACGACUGGUUUUCAGCGGCUUAAAAGAGAUGUUUACAGGAACCAGAGAGAUCCAGGAUUGGCUGACAGAGAGUGCCAGGCUCAUCUCCAAGUCUGGGAGCACUGUGGAGUGGGUGACACCCCUGGGUUUACCCAUCAUUCAGCCCUACCAUCGCACACGCAACCAAGUACUGAAAAGUACCAUGCAACACAUCAAUCUCCAGAUCAACCAUGACACCAAAGAGAGACCAGACACAGUAAAACAGAAGAACGCCUUCCCACCAAACUUCAUCCACUCUCUGGACUCCACACACAUGAUGCUGACUGCUCUCCAUUGCUACAGUGCCGGUCUGACAUUCGUGUCAGUUCACGACUGUUUCUGGACCCACGCCUUCACUGUGGACACCAUGAACAAGGUCUGUCGGGAGCAGUUCGUCGCCCUGCACAGCCAGCCAAUCCUUCAAGAGCUGUCCAACUUCCUGCUACAGAAAUACUGCACUGGGGUCCCGACUGAGGCCAAGAACAAGAAGUACCAGGAAUACAGGAGGCUGAUGCUGCUGCUGGCCAAAGUGCCCCAGACAGGUGAUUUUGACCUCCAGCAGGUGAAAGAAUCCACUUAUUUCUUCAGCUGAGAAGCUCGUGAGGGCAAACCAGCGGAGGAAGAUGAAUGGAAUUGACAGAGUACAGCGGGGAGGCUGUGGGCCCUGGGGUCUCAACCGGGUUUUGUCUCCCUCAGACAUCAGCACAUUGAUCCAGUUACGCCCUGCCUGCUUCCUGGUCCACGGGCUGGUUGGAGCUGCUGGAGGCGUUCACACACAGUGAACCUGCCUGAUUAACUGACUAGUGGAUGGAAGAGAUGGUGGGAUACUCAUCCAGGCAAAAGAUGAGCGAAGCAGCACCGCUGCAUAAUGGAUGCUUAGGUCAUAUUCAGUGUAUAUGUGGAUGUGUGCUGUGUUUAUGAGCCAUACUGGCUGAAUUACAUGUGACCUGUCAACCUCUCCAUCACUCAGCAACACUUCUGCUGCUCAAUAAGACUAAACAAAAACUUUCUACUUACAAACUGUAAUUGCCAGUGAUUGGUGGUUUUUGUAUGUGUGGUGUGUGUGUGUGCGCGCGUGUGUGUGAAUGCGUGCACACUUUCAUGCUGUGCAGACCUCCAGAGGGCGCCGACCACCUUAUCAUCGAUCCCAUCAUUUACUGUAUGGAAGGAAGCUCUCUGACAUAAUGUUCAAACAUUUCAACUUUUUCUGAAGAAAUUUGAAGAACAGAUGUUUGAGGGGGAAUGAAAGAUUUUCUUUACUGAAAUUGGGGAUAUGGGACUCUGAGAGAAAGAGAGAUGUGGAGGGAUGAGUCAAGUGGGCUCUAAAAUAGCAUCGUGCCCCACUGUACUCUUGAUUCUUACCUUCUUGGAGUGACUAAGCACUUGGCAGUUGCCCUAAAAUAAAUA